AUGGCGGACGAGAGUGAUACAGCAGUGAAGCCGCCGGCACCUCCGCUGCCGCAGAUGAUGGAAGGGAAUGGAAACGGCCAUGAGCACUGCAGCGAUUGCGAGAACGAGGAGGACAACAGCUACAACCGGGGUGGUUUGAGUCCAGCCAAUGACACUGGAGCCAAAAAGAAGAAAAAGAAACAAAAAAAGAAGAAAGAGAAAGGCAGCGAGACAGAUUCAGCCCAGGAUCAGCCUGUGAAGAUGAACUCUUUGCCAGCAGAGAGGAUCCAGGAAAUACAGAAGGCUAUUGAACUUUUUUCAGUGGGUCAGGGACCUGCAAAAACCAUGGAGGAGGCUAGCAAGCGAAGCUACCAGUUCUGGGACACGCAGCCCGUCCCCAAACUGGGAGAGGUUGUGAACACGCACGGACCCGUGGAGCCUGACAAAGACAACAUCCGCCAGGAGCCCUACACACUGCCUCAGGGCUUCACCUGGGACGCCUUGGACCUGGGGGACCGUGGUGUGCUGAAAGAACUCUACACUCUCUUGAAUGAGAACUAUGUGGAAGAUGAUGACAACAUGUUCCGAUUUGAUUAUUCUCCAGAAUUUCUUUUGUGGGCUCUCCGGCCGCCUGGCUGGCUCCCCCAGUGGCACUGUGGGGUUCGAGUGGUCUCGAGUCGGAAACUGGUUGGGUUCAUCAGUGCCAUCCCGGCAAACAUCCAUAUCUAUGACACAGAGAAGAAGAUGGUAGAGAUCAACUUCCUGUGUGUCCACAAGAAGCUGCGCUCCAAGAGAGUGGCUCCAGUCCUGAUCCGUGAGAUAACCCGGCGGGUUCACCUGGAGGGCAUCUUCCAAGCUGUUUACACUGCUGGGGUGGUGUUACCAAAGCCUGUCGGCACCUGCAGGUACUGGCAUCGGUCCCUAAAUCCCCGGAAGCUGAUUGAAGUCAAGUUCUCCCACUUGAGCAGAAAUAUGACCAUGCAGCGCACCAUGAAGCUCUACCGACUGCCAGAGACUCCCAAGACAGCUGGGCUGCGACCAAUGGAAAAAAAGGACAUUCCAGUAGUGCACCAGCUCCUCAGCCGGUACCUGAAGCAGUUCCACCUCACGCCUGUCAUGAGCCAGGAGGAGGUGGAACACUGGUUCUACCCCCAGGAGAAUAUCAUCGACACUUUUGUGGUGGAGAAUGCAAACGGGGAGGUGACCGAUUUCCUGAGCUUUUAUACACUUCCGUCCACCAUCAUGAACCACCCGACCCAUAAGAGUCUGAAGGCUGCUUACUCUUUCUACAAUGUUCACACUCAGACCCCUCUUCUAGACCUCAUGAGCGACGCCCUCGUUCUCGCCAAAAUGAAAGGGUUUGACGUGUUCAAUGCACUGGAUCUCAUGGAGAACAAAACCUUCCUGGAGAAGCUCAAGUUCGGCAUUGGGGAUGGCAACCUACAGUAUUACCUGUACAAUUGGAAGUGCCCCAGCAUGGGGGCGGAGAAGGUUGGGCUGGUGUUACAGUAA